AUGGCAGUGGAGCUGGAAGCCAUGGGGCGUCCCCUUCCCGCCCCUCCGAGCCCGUCUGUGCCCGGGGACACAAGCAGAAGGUAUGAAAACAAGGCUGGCAGUUUCAUCACUGGAAUUGAUGUCACCUCCAAGGAAGCAAUUGAAAAGAAAGAACAGCGAGCCAAGCGCUUUCAUUUACGAUCAGAAGUAGAUCUUGCCCAAAGAAAUAUAGCCUUGGACCGAGACAUGAUGAAGAAAGCAAUCCCCAAAGUGAGACUGGAGACGAUCUACAUUUGCGGAGUAGAUGAGAUGAGUACCCAGGAUAUCUUUUCCUAUUUUAAAGAAUACCCUCCGGCUCACAUUGAAUGGCUGGAUGAUACCUCCUGUAAUGUGGUUUGGCUGGAUGAAAUGACAGCCACACGAGCCCUUAUCAAUAUGAGCUCUCUGCCAGACCUGGAUAAGAUAAGAAGCAGGGAUGCCAAUGAGGACAAGUCAUCUGAGAAAAGCAAAAAAGACAAACAGGAUGACAGUUCAGAAGAUGAGGCUGAAGAAGGAGAAGUUGAAGAUGAAAACUCAAGUGAUGUAGAGUUGGAAACAUUAUCUCAGGUAGAAGAAGAGUCUCUGCUAAGAAACGAUCUUCGUCCAGCUAAUAAACUUGCUAAAGGAAAUAAGUUAUUCAUGAGGUUUGCUACAAAAGGUAAUCUCAUCAUUGAAGGAAUUCUUAGUAAUUCUUGGAAGCGAAGAUACCAUUCCCGUCGCAUUCAGCGGGAUGUGAUCAAGAAGAGAGCCAUGAUUGGGGAUGAUGUUGGCUUGACGUCCUAUAAACAUCGACAUUCCGGACUGGUGAAUGUUCCUGAGGAACCCAUUGAAGAAGAGGAGGAGGAGGAGGAGGAGGACCAGGACAUGGAUGCUGACGACAGGGUGGUGGUGGAGUACCAUGAGGAGCUCCCGGCUCUCAAGCAGACCCGGGAGCGGAGCUCCUCCAGGAGGUCCAGUGCCAGCAGCUCAGACUCCGAUGAAAUGGACUAUGACCUAGAACUGAAAAUGAUUUCCACUCCUUCACCAAAGAAAAGCAUGAAAAUGACUAUGUAUGCUGAUGAAGUGGAAUCUCAGUUGAAAAAUAUUAGGAACUCCAUGAGGUCAGAUACUAUAUCAACAAGCAAUAUCAAAAACCGAAUCGGUAACAAAUUGCCACCUGAGAAAUUUGCAGACGUCCGACAUUUAUUAGAUGAGAAACGUCAGCACACACGUCCACGGCCGUCCGGCAGCAGCACUGCAUCAGAUAUACGCCAGCGGUUAGGAAAAAGACCACAUUCUCCAGAAAAGGCCUGUAACCCCGUCGUUCGGAGAGAGCCCUUUUCUGAUGUUCACAGUAGGCUAGGUGUUCCCAGGCAAGACACUAAAGGCCUCUAUUCUGAUACUCGGGAGAAGAAAUCAGGUAGUUUAUGGACUCGCUUAGGAUCUGCAUCCAAGACCAAAGAAAAGAACACGAAGAAAGUGGAUCGUAGGGCCCCUGGCACUGAGGAAGAUGACUCCGAGCUGCAAAGGGCAUGGGGGGCUCUGAUAAAGGAGAAAGAACAGUCUCGCCAAAAGAAGAGCCGCUGUUACCAGCACCCUUUUCCCAAGAAAAGUCAAUUCCCAGGUGCUUAUUGGACAGCCUUCGAGGGGGAAGAUGAGGGAAGCUGCCAGCUCACUCUUCCAGGACCCUAGUGUGGGGGCCGAAUCUCAUGGACCUGACCUCAGAGGUGCACCAGUGCUGCCCAGGUAGAUCGCAGACACAGCGUCGGUCGUGCUUCCGUUCCUCCUGGAGAUGCCUGUUAGGGACCUCUUGUUGGCACUCGGCUUGCCGUGAAGAUCAAGUUCAGUACUGGGGGAUUUUUAGGAACAAAAAACUGUGACUUCCGGAUUUGGGAUGGAUUUUUUUGUGCUAGGGGUGGGGUCAUGGGGUAAUGUUGAACAAUUUCUAAGUCUGUAUUAUGUUUAAAAAAUAUUAAUGAUUUAAGGUUUAAAUUUUUAAUUUUUAUAUGUGAAAAUACUUCCUGUUGGCUACCAGGGAAGCUCAAGUGGUGUCUAAUGUGCUGUUAAAUAUAUAUUAUAUACUUUGGAAGAAGGCAAA